UUUAAACCAAUCACAGGAGCGCUUUUCAGUGUCUCUGUAAACCUCAUUUUACAGACUGAAGGACACCAUGGCGGACAGGAAGCAGGUGAUCAUCGACACGGACUGUGGGAUCGACGAUGCUCAGGCCGUCAUGAUGGCGCUCGCCGCUCCGAACAUCGACGUCCUGGCGCUCACCUGCGUGUUCGGGAACGCUGCCGUGAAUCACGUGUGUCAAAACGUCCUGAUGGUGCUCGACGUCUGCCAGCGCCAGGGGAUUCCUGUGUUUCGAGGGUCUUCAGGUCCUCUGGUCGGAGCCAUUAACCCCGUCAGUGACCACUUUGGGACGGAUGGACUCGGAGACGUGAUCAAAGACAAAGACCCUCGCUGGGAGGAGAAGAUCCAGAGCGAGCAUGCAGUCAACGCCAUGAUCCGACUGGUGAAUGAGAACCAGAAGCAGAUCUCCCUGGUGGCUCUCGGCCCGCUCACUAACCUCGCUCUAGCCGUCAGAUUGGACCCAAGUUUCCCCCAAAAGCUCAAAGACCUGUUCAUCAUGGGAGGCAACAUGGAGGGAAAAGGAAACUUCACACUAUGUGCAGAGUUUAACUUUGCUAUGGAUCCAGAGUCGGCCUAUAUUGUUCUGGAGGAGUUCCUCUGUACCACGUACAUCGCCUCGUGGGAAUACGCCUGCAGGAACUCUCUGACCUGGGAGUUCUUUGAGGAGCUGAUCAACCAGGACGCUCCGGCUGCGGCCUUCAUGAAGACGAUCACCUCCAAGUGUCGGGCGUACUCCAAAGAGGCGAUGAAGAACAAGAGGGACGUGUACUUUGGCCCGGGGUACGUCUCCUACGAUGCGUACGCCAUGGCGGCCUGCAUCGACCCCGACGUGGUGCUGCAGAGCAUCGAGUGCCCCGUCAGGGUGGAGCUGCAGGGGGCGCUGUGCCGAGGCAUGAUGGCGCUGGAUCGCACCAAUCAGCUGAAGAAGAGCCACAGCGUCACCGUGCUCACUAAGUGUGACGUCAGGAAGUUCAGUCGGCUCCUCCUGCAGUCUCUGAGGCAGCCGAAGAAGUGACGAUGAAGAGGGAAAACAACCUGAAGGAAAUUGUUAUGAAGGAUAUCAGAUACAAAUGUUAAGUUUGGCUGGAAAUGCA